AUAAAACGUCUCAUCCUUGUUUGUUACGUGAGGUGAUAUACUUUAUAUGUGGUUUGAGUUUGUUUCGAAAAGCCAAAAAGAGAAAAAAAAAAAAAAUGAAAUUCUCCGUAUGUCUAUAUCGAGACUUCCCUUUUUGUACUUCAUUUGCUGCAUUUCGACGCAUUCUCCAUUUUCAUUUGCUUUUGCCAUGGAUUGUCCUUCUUCUUCUUCUUCUGCUGAGACGCCUCCUCAUAAGGACAAUUUCGAUUGGAAAAACCAACUUCAACUUGAAUCUCGCCAAAGAAUCAUCACUAAGAUUAUGGAAACUUUGAAGAGACAUCGCCCUUUUUCUGGCGAAGAAGUGAAAGAACUGAGGGCGAUAGCCGCAAGAUUUGAAGAAAAAAUAUACAAUACUGCUAUAAGCCAGUCUGAUUAUCUGCGAAAGAUUUCAUUGAAGAUGCUUACGAUGGAAUCAAUGUACAGUAUUAAAUCUCUUGAUGAAUUGUAGUGUGGCUUUGCUGGUAUUUGAAUAAAUCUUGAGAUUCAGUAUUUUGCAGGAAAGUUUAGCUUGAAGUUUCAAUCCAAGUCGCAACAUUUAUUUUCUUUAUCAAGGACUUAAUUGCAUUUUAUUUUACUUAUGGGUAACUUUGAUGAUCAUGGUGUAUUUACGCUUUUAUUAUGUUUUGAGAAAACAAUGUGUUAUUCUCUUGAUUGUAACAUUGUAAACAUAUGUUUUUAAACGAUUUUACAUUUUAAUAGAUUUUAGCAGUUUGGAAUUUAAGAAUUUCGCAAUAUUUAUUGUAAACAUAAUUAUUAGUAUGAAUUGUAUACUGAGACUACUAAGCCUAUUACAAAUAAUAAUAAUAAUAAUAAUAAUAAUAAUAAUAAUAAUCUUUAAAAAGGCUGUUUCUCUCUCUAGGCGAUGGGGUAGGUGAUUUUAUAGGGUUUAGCAUCUGGUUUGUGGUGACGAAUGUGGGUGCACCAACAUGGGCUUUUCAAGUGGUCGUCUCAGUUGUCGGUGAGUUGUCUGGCGAUCUGUUAUAUAUGGCUUCCUCCGUGUCUUUUCAACCGUUUUUCUAGCUUUUCUAAACCGGUUUACCAGCCAUUUUAUGUGAUGUUGCCAGUGGGUUUUAUAUGGGUUUAGCUUUGUUUUGGGCCUGGUUUUCUGGCGACUCUUUUCUUCAUCUCCGGCUGUAGGGCGUCUUGUGAGGUGCUCCUUCUUCGGUUAUGGUUUUAAGGAGUUGUUUUGCUCUAGUACAGCGCCUGAUAGUUUUUCAAGAGUCGUUUUUUUAGUAUGUUUCCUUUGGGUUCAAUGGUUGUUGUUUGUUUUCGUUGGCCUUAGCAGCCAUUUUGCUUAGCGUAGUCUAGUUUCGUGUUUUACUUUAGUUUGGGUUUUAGUUCUUUUUUUGGCGGGUCCUCGGUUCUCCUGGGUUUAUCACGCAUGCUGCGGCUUUUGGUGUUCCAGUCAGCGGUCUAUGGUAGCCCCCUUUGUGUUGCUUGUUUGUCUAUGGGCCUACCAUCUCAUAGUGGCUGGUAAGUUCUCCUUAGGUUAGUUUGCUUCUUUGUUUACUAUAGAUUUGUGGGUGGUUCUGUUUGCUAUUUUCUGGUGUAUGUUGUCGGGUGUUAAUUUUUAGGUGGUGCUUUCACAUGGUUUUUGAAAAGAUUUCGUGCCCGUUUAGGGGCCGUGAUGGUUGCAAUAGUGGAGGUGAAAGGGGCUUUUUAAAAACUACAUUAAUCACUUCGAAUAUCACCAUUAAUCACUUCGAAUCAUCUUGAAGAUCGUAUUGCGGGUGACCCUUACUUGUUCUCUUUAAUAGACCUAGCUCUUAAAAAGGCAGGUAUCUGGCUUUGUGGGGAAUGUUUGCGCACUCACUCCUUUAGUAAGAAUCGUAAGCUUGCCAACAGCUCGGUGAUCCUUACCCCCGCCUUAGGCGAUGAUGCGAUCCACGGUAUCCCUCGUCCUUUGGCCUCUAUCUGUGUUUUUAGUGCGGCUGACAAGGCCCCCCUUGGGUUCUUCUAGUGGUUGUCUUUUCCCUAGUUUCGAUGUUGGUCUUCUCAACCAUGUUUUUUUUGAAACCUACUUCGUACAAUAAAAAGUAUACCAAAACUGCGUCUUACUUUGCUAGGGUGUUCCUUUAUGCUCUUGAUGCGGUCUUGGUUUGCCUGAGUUAUGUGUCUGCUUGGGUGCAACUUCUUAUCUUGCCUUGUUGUGUAUUGGUACCUUUUUGCCUAAAAAUAAAUCUGAACGUAGGUUAGGUAUUGAGAGAGAGCUGUCAAUUUGAUAGUAUUUCAAGUGCCGAUUCUAGAUGGUGGUGUACCAGGGGCAACACUCUCGAUACAUAAUUAACAUUAAUAAUUAUAUUUAAGAUAAAUAAUGCAAAAGUGUAAAAUGCCGAACUGCUAAAAACCAUUAAAACUAAAAUUGUUUAAAAUGUAAGUUAAAAAUAUUACUACUGAGUAAACAUAAUAUAAGGUUUGCUUAAAUACGAUAAAAAACAUAAGUACAAUAUAGUCAUCAAAGUCAUCAAGUAAAAUCAAUGCAGCUAGUCCUCGAUAGAAUAAUUAAAGUUGCAGCCUGGAUCGAAAUCUAAGCUAAAUUUUCCUGUAAAAUACUGCUUUCCAAAAUACAGAUGACAGCCAAUUGAAUCGGUCAGCGAUAAAGCCAAGUACAAUUUUCUCAAUAAGCUUAUGAUGCGAUAGUUAAAUCACGCUUAUAAAAUAAUCAUCAAGCACAAUAUAGAAGGUUAUUACUUAUUAUUGACCUUUAUUAAGCCAUUAAAUUAUAUUCUCAAAUACUUGCAGAAGUUCAUUACUGCUACUAAACACUUGGUAACCUUAAUGCUUAUUUAAUCAAGUUCGAUUAAGCCUCAUAACUUUCCCAUCAUAGCACAUCACAAGAUUACAACAAUAAUGACUACUAAUAUAUGUAAGGGUCUGCUACUAAUAAUGACUACUAAUAACUUUCUCAUCAUAGCACAUCCACAUUCUCCAGUAGCCUGCCUAAAGGCGUUAACAAGCAUGAUAUUUUACUAAGGAUAGGGGAGGUGGUCUCGUUUUCCCAUUAUACGCACUAAGCUGUCAGUAAAAGUAAAAGAGUUGCUAUGCUUAUACAUAAUAUGAGGAUUCUAUAUACUUUCACUAGUCAAAAUUUAGACAAUUUUACCCUUUUAAUAGAAACAAAUUACUAGUUAUCUAAUAGAUUAAUAUUAAUUAAAUAAUAAUUUUUCAUAACUACACUAAGAUUCUAGAGGCUAAACUAAGUCAUUAUUAUGUCAUAAAUAAUCAUAAAAGUCAAGUGUAAUAUUUCUAAAUACUUAAUAACGUAUUUUAUUAAAUUACCAAGUAAAAUAAUAAAAUGGAUCUACCAUAACUAUGAAAAAUAAUCUGAAAAAUUAUUAAGGGUCUAAAAUAUAAAUGAAAUAUGUUUGUGACUAAAAAGUUCAAGAAAAACAACGCUAAACAUUUCAACAAAUUAGUUUGACUAUUUUACCGAUAAACCGAUUAAUAAAUUUUUAUAAUUACUUAAGUCCAAAGUAAAAAUUUUAUCAAAAUACUCAAAUGAUAUGGAAUCAUUUUAAAGUGAUAAGUUUAUUUAACCAAAAAAAAUUCAUGAUUACUAUUUUAAAUAAUUAAUACGAUAUUUUAACUAUAAAUCGAUACAAAAAUAAUCAAAGUCUAUAGGGUCUACGACAAUUUUCCCAAGGGUCAUCAUGUGAUUCAACAUGUUAUAGGAGUGUUCCACAAAGUUACAAGUUAAGAAGAGUCCAUUUAAUAUUUAUUUCCUAUUUCACUUUUUUUUAUUUACAAAUUUAUUGAUAAACUUUUAAAUUAUUUUAAACUUAAGUAAUAUAUUUUCUUAGCUAUUUUUGAUAAUUAAGAAAGUAUUUAACUCCUCUUCCUAUUAGAACAAAUUUAUUAACCGAAAAUUCAAUUAAACGUUAUUUUAAUGAAGUAAAAUUCAAGGAACAUAUCUAAAAUGAUAUCCUAACUUUUAACUACUAUAAAAUACGUAUAAAAUACUCUUGAUAAAAUUCCUAAGUUCACACCAAUUUUAUCUACCAAGAUUUCUAUACAAAAACAUCACUAAACAUCAUUUUUAAGCAUUUUCACAAUGCAAAGGUUCAUAAAGUUAAUAUACAUGAAACUUAAAAUAAUAUUUUACAUAAAAAAUUCAUAUAUAUCUAAAUUAUCAUAUGAAUAAAAAAUUUCCAAAUUUAUAACUUUUUUAGAGUGCUUGUUAAAACAAGCGCCAAUAUUCAUAUGAAUGACCUUAACUUUGAACAUUUAAUCGAACAUGGUUUGUCUUGUACUUUAGAUAGGGUCGAUAAAGAUGUGUCAUAUGUGAAUGGUUUGAAUUUUGGAACGAUUGAUGGGAGUUGCUUAGUCGAAGCAACAGUAAAGAGGAUAUCUGAAGCUCGCUCGACCUGAAGUGGGGUCACUCGACCGGUCGAGCGGAAGUGUGUUGGUCGAGCGUAAUGGGCAGAGCAAGUCAGUAGCCACACUAAAAGCUCGCUCGACAGAGCGAGGUAGUGGCUCGAUUGAGCGGUAGUCGAGCAGACUACAUAGGAUUCUGUUUUGGUCAGAAUUCUUAGUGUAGUCAUUGAAUAAGUGCAUUACUUCCUUAUUUAAUGUAAUGUUUAUUGUGAUGUUUAUUACUAUGGUUAUUAACAUAGUUAAUUGGGGUGUUACAAGUGCGUUUAUGGUGAUUUAUGAGGGAAUCCUAAGAGUAAUGAAUACCUUGCCUAUAAUUAGGAUUCAUUACUCAUAGAAACAUACACCACAAACACAUAUUGUUGAGAGGACUAUUUCUUUGUAAGAAACUUGAGAGUGUUCUUCAUAGAAUUAGUAUAAUGAUCUUGAGAGGGUUAUUCUCAAGAUAAGGAGAGGUUUCUUAUAAUUAUAAUUGUUGAAUUCAAUAUAAUGAACUACAUUUGAGGGGGAGGUAUCCAAGAUACCUCAUAUACACUUGUGUUCGUCUUUGAAAGAGAAUGAUAGGUUCAUGGUGAAAAGAGAGGGGGAAGAAAAUAAGAGUGUUGGGGAUGGCUUGUUUAGUGAGGGUUCUAAUAAGGGGAGAACCAAGGACAAGGGAUAUCAAGGAAGGGGUAAGUCUCAUGGGAGGGGUGACCUUAGUGACAAAGAAUGUUACUAUUGUAAAAAGAAGAUGCACAUACAAAUGAUGUGCAAAGGUUUAAGGAAGACCUUAAGAGAAUGAUAAGCUUAAGGGAUAGUAGCAGAAAUGAGGGUAAGAGUAGCGGGAGUGUCGCUCUAGGCUUUGUUGGUGAUGAUGACUAUGAUGGAGCUCUAUUAGUUUAUUGAGGAGGGGUUAAUAGUAAGGAAUUGGUAAUAGACUCUGGUUGCUCAUUCCACAUUGUCAUGAAAAGGAAAAUUUACUAAGCUUAGUUAUGGUGAUAGUGGCCUUGUUACUUUAUCAAAUGAUGAAAAGGUGAAAGUAGAAGGUAUUGGUGAGGUUGAAAUUGAGACACGUGGAGGUAUCAAAAGAGGACUUGGUGAUGUAAAGUAUGUACCUAAGUUUCAGAGGAACCUUAUUUCAAUUGGUAGACUUGAGAGUAAGGGAUGCCCUUUUAAAGCAAGUGAAGGGACUUUGAAAGUCAUUAGAGGGAGUGUUAUGCUCAUGAAGGGAGUAAGGAGUAAGAGAAACUUGUAUGAGUUACAAGUUGGAUGUGGUAGCCUAGGCCACAAAAGUGAGAAUGAUGUUGUUGGCUCUUAAGGUUUUGAUGAUGACUUCACUUUUAAAGUAAACAAACAUAUUUUAGAGAUUGUUUUGUAGGUUUAUAUAUCCGAUUUUGUUGAAAUCGUUGAUGAAGCCUAUGACUUGGUUCGUGGAAGUUGUACGUGUCUUAAAAUAUUCAAGAAGUUAGAUAAGUGCUUAAGAAGUUAAAGUUUGACAGACGGUCUACUGUUCCUAAAAUGAAUAAUCUAACAGAAGUUGAAGCUGGAGACAGUACGCUGUUCCUACGUAGCAGGUCUGGAGAAAAACAUCGACUGGAAAAUUGCAGUUAUUUUAUUACUCUGGUUUUAGUUGAUGUAAACGGUUAAAUCUUAAAUUAGUUGCUUAAAUUAAUUAGUAAGUUAAUUGGCUAAACCAUUUUUAGGUUAUCUAAAAAUAGCCUAAGACUUUUUCUUCUUAAGAUUAAGAUCUCCUAUUUUUUAGGAUCUUGUGUUUUUAACUCCUAUGCUAUUUUUAGCUUAAGGAAACUGAUUUUCUCUCUGAGCAAAUGACAGCCGGUCAUUUAUUUUUUUGGCAAUUCCACUAUCCUUUUAUUUUGAGAACGUGGAUGAUAGUCGGAGGUGUGUCUAAGGUAACUGCUGUCUGUUCCCACUAUAAAUAGGAGGAACUUUGCUCAAACCGAUAUUGAUCCAAGAGUGUCCAUUAAAGGGAGAUCAUUUAAGAAAAAUAUUUUCUGUUUUUAAAUGCCAAUUAAUUUAUUAUAUUUUUCUUAAGUAAUUAUCUUAAUUUUUAAUCUCUUGAGAAUUGGCCUUGUAAGGGUUAUUGAGUGAUUUGUUGUAAUUAGACUCAUGAGAAGUCUAAGGGAAUAGAGAAGUGAAACGUGAGAAGAGAAAGAGAAGGAGAAAGUAGAGAAAGAGAAUCAGGCCUAGAGUAGAGAAGCUUCAAGUGAACCAAACUUUUUUAUGUAAUUGUAUUUGAUUGCCUAAAACAUAGUGAGAAUUUUGAAAUCUCGGGGGGUCGUGGUUUUCCUUCUUAUUAGGCCAAGAAGGUUUCCACGUAAAAUCUUUGUCUCCUUUUUAUCUUUUGCUUUUUAAGUUUAAGCUUUAUUUUGUUUGUUAAAAUUCCGCAAAUUAAAAGAAAAACGAAGUAAAGCUAGAUACACAACAAUUCACCCCCCCUCUUGUUGCAUUCGACCAUCUUCGUGUAUUUCAACAAUUGGUAUCAGAGCCCUGUUCAUCAUUUAAUCAGGAAACCCAGAGAGCAGGAUCCUGUUCCCUGGCAAGAUGUUGAAGAUGAACGAACGCAUGGAAGAGGGGUACUCUACGCAAAGGCCACCCAUGUUCGAUGGGAAAUUCUAUACCUACUGGAAAAAUAGGAUGGAAAUUUUUAUAAAAGGCCGAAAAUUACCAAGUAUGGAGAGUAAUUGAAAUAGGAGAUUUCAAAGUGACGACUAUCAACUCCAACAAUGAAUCAAUUCUAAAACCAAUCACUGAAUAUGAAAAGGAAGACUUUCAAAAGAUGGAGAUGAACGCUCUUGCGAUCAAGCUGCUUCACUGUGGUCUCGGGCCAAAUGAACAUAAUCGUAUCAUGGGUUGUAAAACGGCAAAGCAGAUUUGGGACCUGCUGGAAGUUACCCAUGAAGGUACUAGUGAAGUGAAGCGAUCCAAGAUUGACCUCCUAAUGUACAAAUAUGAAAGGUUUGUUAUGGAACCUAAGGAAAACAUUCAAGAGAUGUUUACCAGGUUCACCAAGAUUACAAACGAACUUGUCUCUCUUGGCAAGAUUAUUCCAGUUGAUGAACAAGUCAGGAAAACACUGAGAAGUCUUCCACAAGAUAAGCGCUGGAGAGCUAAGGUCACAGCCAUCCAGGAGUCCAAAGAUUUCACCAAGUUCAAUUUGGAAGAGCUGGCUGGUUCACUCAUGACACAUGAACUACAUUUGGGAACAGCUGACAGUUCCCGAAAUAAAGGACUGGCUCUGGCAGCGGAUCAUAAUGAAGAAUCAGAAGCUGGUGAAGAGGAAGCUGCUAUGUUGGCACGUAAAUUCAAAAAAUUCUUCAGGAACAGUAGAUAUAGAAACCAAAGAAAUAAUAAGGAAAGAGGAACUGCCAACUUGAAGACAAAUUUUGAAUGCCACAAAUGUGGAAGUACUGAUCACUUCAUCAAGGAUUGCCCUCUAUGGAAGAAUGAGAAGGGCAAAGGGAAGACAAGGGAAGCUGGAAGAAUGCCAAAGAAGGGAAACUUCAGAACAGAUUUUCGUAAAGCAAUGAUCGCAGCUUGGGGUGACACUGAAAGCGAAGCUGAAACUGAAGUUCCAGUAGAGGAAGAAACUGCAAAUCUGUGUCUCAUGGCAUCUCAUGAAGAGACUAAGGAAAGAGAGGUAAUGUCUUCUAGUUCUUCUCCUAAACAUCUAUUCAGUUUAAGUAAGGAUAAAUUAAUUAAGUUAUUUUUGGAAACACAAGAGAAGUUGGAAGAAAAAACAGCUAACUGUCUCCAAAUUGAGAAAGACCUUAAGUUAAGUAAAGAUCACAUCUCAUACUUAAAUACUUUUAGGAUCGAUGUGCAAAGUAGAUUUUUUGAUUUGUUAGAUAAGAAUGUUAUUUUAAAAGAGAAAUUGGAGAAAAUAAAGCAGGAAUUCAUCAUUCUUAACAUUGAAAAGAAUCAAAACAAAUUGCUAGAAUUAAAAUGGGUUGAAAAUGAUAAAUCCAUUCAUGUGUUUAGCACGGAAUUUCAAGAAAUGAAAUUAAAAUUAGAAUCAUGUGAAAGGGAAAAUAAGUAUCCAAAAGAUCAACUUGAUUUAAAAGGAAAAAGGAAAAUCAAUGAAGUUCCCAAAUGGAUUCUAAAUGCUAAACCAAAGAGUAAAGAAGGUCUAGGUUAUGUUAAAAACGAUAAAAAGAAAAAGGUCUAUGUUGAUCUCCCUAGUAGUAAGAUCUGUUCCUUUUGUGGUAAAAUUGGACACCUAAAAUAUCAUUGUAUAAAAAGGGAACAGCAGAUUUCAUGUAUAAUCGACAAGGAACCUAAGGAUAACUGGGUUCCUAAACCUAACUCUUAA